AUGAGUGAGAUCAUUGUUGUUGAAAACGAUGCUAAAGCUUCGGAAUUUUUGAGUAAUUUCCAUUUGCUCAAUCUACCGGACAGUAGGUCUCUGAACUCAUCCUUCGUUUGAUGACCAAUAUUGUACUAACGGACCUUUCUUGUUAGAUGUUCUUAAAAUGAUCCUCCGAAUGCUUUUCCUCCGGCCUGCACCUCUCAUUCCUUCAAACUUUCAGUCCAAGAAUACCGCCAACGAAAAGCCAACGGUCCAUUAUGGUUAUCAGUGGGCCAACACCCGUCGUCAUCUGUAUGAGGAGGGGAAACUACCACAAGUCGAUCACGUCCAGAUUUUAACUUUGGCUUGGACAUCAAAUCCUACCGAUGCUGAAAGUAAAAAAAUAGCCCGAGGCCCGACUAAACUAAGCGAUAUUGUUCGUCUAGGCGGCAAAAAAGAGAAAAGAUCAAUUCACGUGCGCAAAGACUUCGGGCCUCAGAUUAUUCACAAGAAAGCCGCGAUUCUGACUGGUAUUGAAGGAAUUCCUCUAUUGCGAUCAUGUAAGCGGAUUUCAACGCUUGGUUCGGCAGUGUUAUAUGGUGAGAAUACUUUCGUGUUCGACACCCGAGGCGGUCGCGAGUCACCAGGCCUCCAUCCUGCAAACCAUCUUCGCAGAAACUCUCUAGAUAUCCCUGGACUUUCAGGUGAAGGUGGAAUGCCGCAAACAACAGGUCAGACGCGCAAUGCGAUAGAGAAUAUGUUCGAUCGCUACCAUUCUCACGCUGAGUUCAUAAUCACUAAUCCGCUUACGAGGUUUUUCCUCGAAAUUGGCAGAUCUAACGCUAGCAACAUUACCAACGUAGUGCUUCACGGCCACUUUCAUUCUCGUAGGAACAAAUAUCGGGAAAUGUUGAGCUUCGAACAGAUUUUGCCAAUUCAAACAGUCAUUCUUAGUGACGUGUGUAAGAAGCUGAAUAAGGUCACGUUACAUGAUGAUGACCGUGGCCGCGACCACCAUCCUUAUUUUAAUGAAAGACGGUCAAUUGAGAAGAAAAGAGCAAUUGAUUUCAGUGAGAUAAUCGAUGGCGCGGUGCAAAAGCUAGUCGAGGGUUUGCCGAUGAUGCAGGAGCUUCAGCUUGGCGACUAUCGCUACGUGCCCAAAAAUUGUGGCUAUGACGUUGGAGUUCGUGGAAGUAGUUUUAACGCAGCUAUUCAGCCCGAUGAUGGAUGGAAAUCAUCAUUACAAUGGAUGAAUCGCGUUGAGAAGCGAGCCAGGCGUCAAGCACCACUUGCAGCGAGGGCUGGUACAAAGUCGAAGCAUUCAAGGCGCAAGAGGGUAACAUUCCCUCUAUGA